AUGAACUACAUGCCCGGCACGGCCAGCCUCAUCCAGGACAUCGACAAGAAGCACCUGGUCCUGCUGCGGGACGGCCGGACGCUCAUCGGGUACCUGCGCAGCAUUGACCAGUUCGCAAACUUGGUCUUGCACCAGACUGUGGAGCGCAUCCACGUGGGCAAGAAGUAUGGGGACAUCCCUCGAGGCAUCUUUGUUGUGAGAGGCGAGAACGUUGUUCUGCUGGGGGAAAUAGACCUGGAGAAGGAGAGCGACACGCCUCUGCAGCAGGUCUCCAUCGAGGAAAUCCUGGAGGAGCAGCGGGUGGAGCAGCAGGCCAAGCAGGAAUCGGAGAAGCUGAAAGUGCAGGCGUUGAAGGAGCGGGGCCUCUCUGUCCCGCGGGCAGACACCCUGGACGAGUAUUAG